AUGUGGAAGAAGAAGAGGAAGUGGGGUGGCUUAUGUUCCAAUAGAGGUUGGGGCCUGCGUGCAAUUGGGUUCAAUAUGAUCGCAUCAUUGGUGAUGGCAAUUGUAAUCAAUGUUGCCUUGAGUUACCCAACUUUGCCUGGGUGGAUUCCAUCUCCUUUCUGUCCCAUGUACAUUCGAAACAUACACAAAUCUAAGCAUGGAAGUGAUUCAGGAACUUAUGAUACUGAAGGAAGGUUUGUUCUAGUGAAUCUGGAAAACAUUUUCAGCAAGUAUGCGCGAACAGUUCCUGAUAAAUUAACAUUUUGGGAGAUAUGGAACAUGACUGAGGGCAACAGGGUUGUCUUUGAUUUCUUUGGCUGGAUUGCAACUGAGCUGGAAAGGGCAGUUCUGUAUGUGCUUGCAAGAGAUGAAGAUGGUUUCUUAUCCAAAGAAGCUGGGCGGCGCUGCUUCGAUGGUAGCUUAUUUGAAUACUGUGCUAAGAUGCUGAGCGGAGUUCAUGACAAGAUGGGCUGA